UUUCCGAAGAACUCGCAAGACAUUCCCCACUCCCCCCCUCCCCUGUUGCGGUUUAUUUUUUAACGCCCAGGCUCCCCUGUCUUCUUUUCUUUGCUCCUCCUCUACCCACCACCUACUCUACUCUGCAGCACAUGUGGGUGCUCUCGUUCGAUCGUCUUCUCCUCUCCAAUGUGACAUUGUUCGCUCGGUGUUGAUUUCUUCUGGGUGUCGGAGAUUGGAAAUCCGAGGCUUUCUAUGGGAGGAUUUGAAUGCAGCCUGUGACGAAUAUGAUGAGAACACUCGGGUUUCCGCUGCUUCUUCUUCUUGCCAUCAAAUGUGGUGUUCUCUUCAUGCCUUCUGAGUCCCUUUUACAGGGUGAUGUUUCAGCACUGGCCGCUUUCAAACGGGGUAUAUUUGAGGACCCUCUUUCAGUUCUAUCCGAUUGGAAUACUUUGGAUGCAGAUCCCUGCAACUGGACUGGUGUCAUCUGCUCAAAGCCUCAGAGUCAUGUGCUCACUCUAAAUCUUUCCGGUUCAUCCUUGAAAGGAUUCCUUGCACCAGAACUUGGCUUGCUGAGUUCUUUGCAAGAACUGAUUUUGAAUAACAAUUUGUUUCUUGGUACUAUACCUAAACAAAUUGGGAUGUUGAAAAACCUAAGCAUACUGGAUUUGAGCGUGAAUAGGCUCACAGGUCCUAUUCCUCCUGAGCUUGGAGACCUGACCAACAUUACAAAAAUAAAUCUUCAUUCCAAUGGGUUGACUGGCAAUAUACCCCAUGAACUUGGUAAAUUGAAGAAUCUUAUUGAGCUACGGUUGGAUAGGAAUAGACUCAAGGGAUCAAUUCCUGGAAACAGCAAUUUAAGUUUUUCUUAUGGCAUGUUUGCCUCUCACAACAAUGUCACUGGCCUGUGCUGGUCAUCUCAGUUAAAAGUUGGAGAUUUCUCAUACAACUUUUUUGUUGGAAAAAUACCACCAUGCUUGAAGUAUCUUCCAAGGUCAAGUUUCCAAGGAAACUGCUUUCAAGAUAGCUACCCUGUCUUGCAGCGGUCUUCUCAACUAUGUAGUGGUGGUUCUGCAAAAAGCCGGGGGGUAGCCAAAGAGACAUAUAAACGGUACCAUGAGGGCAACAAACAUCAAAAUCUGCAGCAACCAGGAUGGCUUCUGAUUUUGGAAAUCACUACAGGAGUUCUUGCAGUAGUUUUCCUAAUAACUGGUAUUGUAACUGCUGUAAAAAGUUGUAAACUGAAAACCUGUGUGAAAAUCCCUUGGAAGAGAACCAAGAAGUGGAAAGAUGAGAUAGCAAUAUCAAUCGAUAGUGAAAUGCCGAAAAAUGUGCCAAGGUUUACACGGCAGGAACUGGAAACUGCUUGUGAAGAUUUCAGCAACAUAAUCGGCUCUUCUCCAGACAGUAUAGUGUAUAAGGGCACCAUGAAGGAUGGAGCGGAAAUUGCUGUCAUAUCAUUGUGCAUCUCGGAAGAUCAGUGGACAUGCUACCUUGAAUUUUUCUUUCAGUCUAAGGUUGCAGAUUUGGCAAGGUUAAAUCACGAGAACACAGCAAGGCUGCUGGGCUAUUGCAAAGAGAGUGAUCCAUUUUCAAGGAUGCUUGUCUUUGAAUAUGCAUCUAAUGGGACACUGUAUGAACACCUUCAUUAUGGUGAUGGAUGCCAACUAUCCUGGCUUAGACGGAUGAAAAUAGCAGUAGGAGUCGCACGUGGGCUUAGGUAUCUACACACAGAGCUGCAGCCUCCUUUUACUAUAUCUGAAUUGAACUCAAGUGCAGUAUAUCUAACUGAAGAUUUUUCUCCGAAGUUGGUUGAUUUUGAGAGCUGGAAAAUGAUAUUCUCAAAAUCUGAAAAGAAUUCUGGUAACAUCAUCAGUGGAGGUCCUUUCCAUGGAUAUGCAGAUUCAUUGGAGCAACAACAUAUGGAUGUCCAGGGAAACACGUAUGCUUUUGGAGUGCUUUUACUGGAAUUAAUCAGCGGUAGGCCUCCAUACUGCAAAGAUAGGGGUUACUUGGUGGACUGGGCUUUGCAGUAUCUUCAGAAUCCAGAGGAGAUAAGCAAGCUAGUUGACCCUGAACUGAAAAAUGUCAAGAGCGACGACGUUGCUGUAAUAUGCAGCGUGGUGAGCCUUUGCAUCGAACCUGAUCCCUCCCAGAGGCCAUCAAUGCAAAUAAUAAGUGCUGUGCUGGAGAAUGGAAUCGACUUAUCAGCAGCUGCCCUUCUCAAGGAGUCUCCUUUGGCGUGGGCAGAGCUAGCCUUGUCAUCAUAGUCAUAGCUCUUCCACACCGUAAAUCUAUAACAUACACAUGAAAUUUCUUGUUUCACAUUCUUUCGACGUUUUUCAUUUCUUUUUGGUCCUUCUUCCAUGUACAACAGUUGCAUAGUGAAGCUGCAGUGAUGCAUGCAAGGAAGUGCUGGCUUUUAUUGUAUACUUUUUGAUUGUUCAGAUUACCAGUGAAGCUUGCAAACUAGUAAAAGCUAAAGGAGCUGUUGUCUGGAUUC